CUCCACCCAGUGCGACUGUCCUAGCAAUCUUGUCAUUACAUACACUAUUCAUCAAGUCCUUCAGUGCAGUCCCAUUCAGCACUGGGCCUGACAAUACUCAGCUGCAGAGAUGAAUAACCAAGGAGUUACCUAUGCAGAACUCAGUCAGGCUAAGGACUCAAAAAGACAGCAAAGGAAAGCUAAGGGCACUAAAAGUUCCACUUCGGUAACUGAGCAGGAAAUAACCUAUGCAGAAUUAAAUCUUCAAAAUGCUUCUCACGAUCUUCAAGGGAAUGGCAAGAACUACCAGUGGAAAGGGAAGCUCAUUGCUGGGGUCCUGGGAAUCAUCUGCCUUGUCUUGAUGUUCACUGUGGUCGCAAUAGCUGUUAUUACCUUUACUGAAGGACCAGUGCAGAACAAAGCAUCAUUGGAAACAAAGACCCAGAAAGCAUGUCAUUGUCCAAAAGCCUGGAUUACAUAUUCCAACAGUUGCUAUUACAUUAGCACUGAAAGAAAAUCAUGGCGUGAGAGUUGGUCGUCCUGUGCUUCUAACAGCUCUAAACUGUUCUACAUGGAUGAUGAAGAGGAAAUGUGUUUGUUUGGCCUCUUCAUUCGUUCUUCAUGGAUUAGUAGAGUCUCCCAGAACAUCAGUAUUCAUUCUUCUCUGUGUCCAAAAAGCUCAGCCUUCUUUUCUAAACCGCCGCCAGUUUCUUCAGAGAGUGGCAAGAUUUGUUCAUAUUUCAACUUUGACUCAAACAGAAGUUCUUUUGAAAAUUGCUCAGAAUUAAAAAUAUAUGUUUGUAAGCACCGGGCACUUUAGUUACCUAAUUUUGGUAUAACGGUAUCUCACCAUCUAUAAAGAAUAUAGCUCUCAUUUCUUCAAAAGCAUACGAUUAUUUUCCAGGUAUUUUUCAGAUACUCUUUGUAGAACAAUUCUAGGUUCAUAACAAAAAUUAUCA